GUCUCAAAGAAACAACCAGUAGUAUGGUAGAAUCAAUAAAACACUGCAUUGUGUUGCUACAGAUUGCUAAAAGUACUAUAAAUCCUGUUGACGCAGUGUAUCAGCCUAGUCCUUUGGAAGCGUCAGUGAUCAGCACAAUGCCUUCCCAGACUGUCAUACCUCCAGAACCUGCUCAGUUGUGCAAAUCAGAGCAGCGACCCUCAUCCUUGCCAGUGGGACCUGUGGUAGCAUCACUUGGAAAUCAGACUCCAACACCAAAUAGUACAGGAAGUGGACAGUCAGCACCUAGCAGCAGCCUAACUUCUCCAAGCCACGUCAAUCUCUCUCCAAAUACAGUCCUGGAUUUUUCCUACUCAAGCAGUGAGGAUGAGUUCUACGAUGCUGAUGAAUUCUACCAGAGCAGUUCCUCACCAAAGCGAUGUAUAGAUUCUUCAGGAUCUGCUGCUGUUCUGACUCGCAGCAGCACAGGAAGUAGUCUGAAACGUCCAGAUACCACAGAGUCCCUCAAUUCUUCCAUGUCUAAUGGGACAAAUGAUGCUGAUCUCUUUGAUCCUCCUGAUGACAGAGACGACGACGGGGAAGGAGAAUCAGUGGAAGAACAUAAGAGUGUUAUCAUGCACCUCUUGUCACAAGUUAGAUUAGGAAUGGAUCUAACCAAGGUGGUUCUUCCAACUUUUAUCCUGGAAAGAAGAUCACUCUUGGAAAUGUAUGCUGACUUCUUUGCACAUCCGGACUUAUUUGUCAGCAUUAGCGACCAGAAGGAUCCAAAGGAACGAAUGGUUCAAGUGGUUAAAUGGUACCUCUCAGCUUUUCAUGCAGGAAGAAAAGGGUCGGUUGCUAAAAAGCCUUACAAUCCCAUUUUGGGCGAGAUCUUCCGAUGUCAUUGGGUAUUACCAGGCACUGAAGGUGAAGACGAUAUGGAACCAGUUUCAGAAGGACCAAUUCCUUGGGUCAGUAAAAGCAGUGUAACAUUUGUGGCAGAGCAGGUCUCUCAUCAUCCUCCAAUUUCAGCAUUUUAUGCAGAGUGUUUUAGCAAGAGGAUACAAUUCAAUGCUCAUAUAUGGACCAAGUCAAAAUUCCUAGGAAUGUCUAUUGGCGUUCAUAAUAUAGGGCAAGGGUGUGUCACAUGCCUAGAUUAUGAUGAACACUAUAUUUUGACCUUCCCUAAUGGUUAUGGAAGAUCUAUUCUCACUGUACCAUGGAUUGAACUUGCUGGAUGA